AUGGAGGAAGUAGAUUCGCAAGGAGAUUUGCCCAGGGAUGUGCGGUUGUUGCACUUGCUUCUUGCGUCGCAGUCGAUACAGCAGUAUGAGGACCGUGUGCCUCUGCAACUGAUGGAUUUUGCACACCGGUACACUCGUGGGGUACUGAUGGAUGCGAUGGUGUACAAUGACUAUGCCAGCGAGAACGCGCCUGGUGGGAGCAACGCUGCUGCCAAUGCGACGAAUGCCAAAAACGCGCCCAAGGCCAAUACUCUGGGGAGUGGUAUGACGAGCAAUGGUGGGAAGAAUAUUAAUGUUGAAGACGUACGGCUGGCGAUUGCAGCACGUACACAGUACAUGUUCAAGCCCACUGCGCCCAAGGAGCUGUUGCUACAACUGGCUGCGGAGAGGAAUAAGAAAGCGCUGCCGCAAGUCAUGGGUUCUUGGGGUGUGAGACUACCUCCAGAGAAGUACUGUCUCACUGCAAAGAGCUGGGACCUGGAUGAAAAGGAAGAAAAAUGA